AUGACCAAAAAACUACCUUCAGAGUUGAAACAAACGAGAAAGUCUAUUCAGACAGCUUGUGAAUUCUGUCACACUAAACACAUACAAUGUGAUGUGGGGAGGCCAUGUCAAAAUUGUUUAAAAAGAAAUAUUGGGAAGUUCUGUAGAGAUAAGAAAAGAAAAUCGCGAAAACGACAUGAGAAGAAUGGGACGCAAACACACUCGGCUUUGGGGAAAAGGCUAGCACUACAUGAUGUUUCUUCGAAGACAGUAUCCCCUUCAAGCGUACAUUUGCAGCGAGAUUUCCUACCCUCAGAUCAGAAGAAAACAGAUGAAACACCUAGCCAUAAUACGAAUAUUCAAUACACUUAUAAUAUAAAUGAUAAUUUUCAAAGCGCUGUCUCUAUUCCUCGUAUCACGAACUUCAAUACGAAUAACGGCCAGGCCGUCUUGGAAGAAGCUUCCAAUAAUAUAUCAGCCCCGCAAGCAGUACACUUAGUGAACGACCCCAUCAUACCCACCGUACGAAAGAGCACUCUCAAUUUAAAAUCGCACUUCCUAGAGCAACACAAAGCCAUGCAGCAACCGCUGGCUACCAAUGGUUUGGUUGCUACUUCAAACAUUCCCGUGCACUCUGGAAUAGACGCUAGCAAUGAGAGUGGCGAUGAUGUGGACGACGAAGCCAAUAUUCACUUUGAUAGUAUGUGGUGCAACGACGAGUAUAUGAAGCUAAAAGAUAUAGUAGAUAUUUCAACGCCAUUCUUACCGAAUAACUCCCAGAUAUUUUCUCUCCAAGAGUCGGAAUUCCCAAAUCGUAGUGUAGCUACAGGAGUGGAUUCCUCAAUCCAUUUAACGAACCUUUUAAAUUCGACAAAAAGCGCAAAUAGUGAAAAGGAAUCCUCGAUGGGCCAGCCUACUUCCACUUUCAAUACAUAUGAUGAAAUCGUAUCUAGGCCCUAUAUAUCAUUGGACAUGUUGCAUUCAAAUUGUGGAGGAAACGUCAAUACACACCCUUCAAAUAACGCGAGAAUGGAAAGAGAACGUGACAGUUCCCGUCGUUCUGAUUCAGAUCUGGAGAAGCAUGACAGUGAUUUUAUAUCACCUUCAAAGUUCCGUGAACUAGUGAAGACUCCACAGGACUUAUACGACAAUAAAUGUUUGAUAAAACCCCAUAAUUACAAGCUCGCGUACACCAAACUGCUGAUUUCUUUAAGAAAAAAGUUUCUUGAAGAAGCUGAAGUUGAUCGAUCUGCUUCAGUAAAAGAUGCCCAUAGUAGCCAAAAGCUUGAUUUGAGACAUGACUUAGAAGUUAUAAUACGCUCUAUACUAGAAAGAUAUGCUCCAAUUUUCAUUUCUUUAACAUCCAAUAUGAUUGAAGAGGAUUUGUUACUGCAGGAAGUUACCUUACAAAGGGCUUUACUAGAUUUGGAGAAUAUGGCAAAAUUGGUGAGCUGCACACCGAUGUGUAUCUGGAGAAGGUCAGGUGAGAUUUGUUUUGUUAGCAAUGAAUUCUAUUCUUUAACAGGGUUUAACAAAAAUUUACUGCUAGAUCGGACCUCGUUUAUUUUUGAAUUUCUAGACCAUAAAAGUGUUUCAAAUUAUUUUCAAAUCUUUAACGAAUUACUGGCUUUUGGCUACAAUGAUAUCAAUAAAAGGAAAAAGCUACUGAUGUUAAAUGCAUCGUCUUCUACCUUGUCAAAGAUUACAGAGGGGUUUUCUUUUACUACUGACGGAAAAGCCAUCUUCACUAAGUGCAAUUUGUUAUUAAGUAACGGCCUAUAUUUGAAGUGUGCCUGUUGUUGGACAGUAAAAAGGGACUCGUUUAAUAUUCCAAUUCUCGUUAUGGGCCAAUUUUUACCAAUUUUUGACAUAGACUGA